AUGGCAACUAUAAAGGAAUUAGCUAGGAUUUUUGAGAAUAGAAUUGAAGAAGAGAAUAAAAGGGAUCUAGAAAAGCAAAACCAGAGGAGAAGAAAGAACAGAGGGAUAAAACAAAUCGGGCUUCAGAACGAGAACGUGAUUGGAGAUGACAGUGAUGAGCAAGAGAACCAACAGAAGAAAAUUAAGCAAAGAAAUGCAGCUCCUAUUCGAUCAACUGCAGCAAGAAAUCAGCAACCCAAGAUUAGCAAUAAGGCAGGAGUUAUUGGAGACAGUAGUAGUGAUGAAGAGGAAGAUCCAAAUGCAAAGUUUAACAAUCGGGAUAUUUUUAAGAAAAAUUCCCCUGUUGUAAUCGGAGGUGAUGAACCAGAACUUCCUAGGUAUGUUAAUAAGACCAAGCCAAAAGUUACAACCCAUAAAAGAGUAGUUAUUGGUGAUGACUCUUCAGAUGAAGAUACUAAUAAAUUUAUUAACAAUCAGAAGCCGAAGAUAGCUACCUCGGGAGUUAUUGGAGAUAUCGAUGACUCUGAUGAAGAAAAAGAGAAGGAAAAGAUGUCAAAAAUAAGAAAUUCAUCUGGUGGAUUGGCUCCUGACCCGAAUUAUGCAGACCAGCUAAGCUCCCUGUAUGCACAAAAGAAGGUCAUUAAGGACCAAGAGAUAGAAGCAAAGGAGAGGAAGCUUAAAUAAGUAUUACGAAGAGAAGAAGUAUAAAGAUUUCACAAAACUAGCAGACAGCUCAGAUGAAGAAGAUGCUAAUAAAGAAGACCUAGAUAUGGAAGAACUUUGGAGCAAGUUCGCCCAAAAACAUAUUGAAAAGCCUGUAAUGAAGGGUAAUAAGAGAAGGCAGAAGAAGAAAGGAUUUGAGUUAUAGCCAAAAAAAAUCGGCAGUCAUGUUCAAUAUUUUCA